AUGGCGGAGGCGGUCGCAGUGGUGCGCGCGAAGAGGGCCGCAGAGGCGCAUGGCGAGGUGGCGGAGUCGCAGUUUCCGCGGUCGAUGAGUUUGCUGGAGGAGAAAUUCGACGCGUACGAGCAAGCCAACCUCAUGAUAUUUCGAUCCAAGUCCGAUGGCACACUUAGCAGCACACACGACUCGAGUCCCCUCGACGUUCCCGAAGGCAGCAUCGCUCCGGAGAAUGCGGAGCUCCUGACACGUGGCGCGCGCACGUCGCUGAGACUGCCCGACUCCGCUACCGGGAGGGAGGACCCUGCGGACGACGAUGCGGAGGCGGAGCGGACAUGGGGAGGGGGAGCCGGCGGAGGGGAUGGUGGAGAGGGGAACGCUUCGCGCCGUGAGGGUUCAGGGAACGAGCAGGCAGGGCCCAGCAGCAGUGGGAGUAGCACGGAAGACGAGAGGGGAUUAGGUGCCGUUUCCCGCGCAUGCCUGCCCAAAAGCGCGCGGGGGAGCUGCUUGCGGCUGGGGCGGAGGGAGCAGCAGCGCGGCGAAGGGGAGCACACCGGCGGGACGGGGAAGGGCAGCAGCAGGGAUACACAGCGCAGUGGUGCAGGGGACAGCGGCAGGAAUGGGCACGCGGAGGGCGGGGGGGAUGCACUUGCGGAUGUGCACGCGGGGGGGGCUGCGGGGAGGAGCGUGGGGAGAGGGGGAGCGGAGGAGGGCGUCGGCGCUCCGCUGAUACGCAGUUUGACGGAGGACUUUGGGCGGCGUGGGGUGGUGGGGGGGUGCCCGCGCAUGGAGAGUGGCGUGCUGCAUGAUGCGGAGAUGGAUGAGAUGGACGGGGAGGUGCUGCAAGGCGUUCCAGCGAGUGCUGGCGCUCCAGCAGCGUGUGCUGAAGCACUACCGGGACCUGGGGAACUUCGUGCUGCUCAUGCCCGCGUGAUCCUCUCCUCUCGUCAUCCUCCCGCCCUCCCCCUUGUGCGUGGCAGAGGCGUUCACACGCGUGCUGGCGCUGCAGAAGCGAGUGCUGCACUACCGCGACCUGGGGGGCUUCGUGCUGCUCAUGGUCCCCCAAUUUCCUGUCCCCCCACUCCCACCCUCCCCUACCCCCCACUCCCCCCCUACCCCCCUACCCCACUCUCCUCUUCACCCCCCUUCCCCACUCUCCCCCUCCCCCCUCUACCCUCUCUCCUACCCCCCUACCCCACUCCUUCCUCCCUUCCAAUCCCACUCUCUCCCUCCCUCCCCGCCCCCUUACCCACUCUCCCCUUUUCCCCGUACCUCACUCUCCCCCUCCCUCCGAACCCCGCCGCCUGCCUUAUCUCCUCCCCCACUCCCACUCCCGGCAUGAGCCAGGACGCCACCAACACCUUUGCUGGCACAGAUGAUUUCUACCAGUGGCUCAACAACAGCAUCAUUCAAACUCUCUGGGCAGACUUCACGUGUGGUGACGGCACGUGCAACCGGCCCUUCCAGUACCCCGCGUUCGGCCGCUUUGGUUGCCAGGCGGACUGCGGCACGUUCCCCAACCUCACGUCCGUUGUCGUCCACCUCUCCUCACAGCUGCACACGCAGCAGGCUGCGGAGCAGUCCUCGUGGAACCUCUGCAUGGUCAACCCCGUCUCGCUCUGCUGCACAGUGGAGCUGGCUUCAUGGGGCUACUGUGCGCAUGGCAAGGAUGGUGCUGAGACGGAUGGCAGUGCUGCGGUGGCUGCUGGUGGUCAGGCGGGGGAGGGUGGCUCUGCGGGUGCUGUUACUGGGAAUGACAUCUGUCGCGAUACGUGUGUGAGGCUCGCCACAUGUCUGCCAGAAGCGUGCGGUCGCACGUUCACAGAGCGGGAGGUGGCAGGCGCGUUUGUGGACUGUGCGCGCAUGUGCAUCGUCGCACCCGCCGCCAUCGCUCCCUAUGAAUCCACCUCCUGCCCCAUAGUACGCGUCAAUCGUCCUGUCCGUUGA